AUGGAAUAUACACAUCAAUUUUCAUGGAUCAUACCCUUCAUUCCACUUCCAGUUCCUAUGUUAAUAGGAGUGGGACUUCUCCUUUUUCCCGCGGCAACAAAAAAUAUUCGCCGUAUGUGGGCUUUUCCUAGUGUUUUAUUAUUAAGUAUAGUUAUGAUUUUUUCGGUGGAUCUGUCUAUUCAUCAAAUCAAUAACAGUUCUAUCUAUCAAUAUGUAUGGUCUUGGACUAUAAAUAAUGAUCUUUCUUUAGAGUUUGGCUACUUGAUCGAUUCACUUACUUCUAUUAUGUCAAUAUUGAUUACUACUGUUGGGAUUCUGGUUCUUAUUUACAGUGACAAUUAUAUGUCUCAUGAUGAAGGAUAUUUGAGAUUUUUUGCUUAUAUGAGUUUUUUUAAUACUUCAAUGUUGGGAUUGGUUACUAGUUCGAAUUUGAUACAAAUUUAUAUUUUUUGGGAAUUGGUUGGAAUGUGUUCUUAUUUAUUAAUAGGUUUUUGGUUCACACGUCCUAUUGCGGCAAAUGCUUGUCAAAAAGCGUUUGUAACUAAUCGGGUAGGGGAUUUUUGUUUAUUAUUGGGAAUUUUGGGUCUUUAUUGGAUAACAGGUAGUUUGGAAUUUCGGGAUUUGUUUGAAAUAUUCAAUAACUUGAUUUCUAAUAAUGAGGUUAAUCUUUUAUUAGUUACUUUGUGCGCCUUCCUGUUAUUUGGCGGUUCAGUUGCUAAGUCUGCCCAAUUCCCCCUUCAUGUAUGGUUACCGGAUGCUAUGGAAGGGCCUACCCCUAUUUCCGCUCUUAUCCACGCUGCUACUAUGGUAGCGGCGGGAAUUUUUCUUGUAGCCCGCCUUCUUCCUCUUUUCAUAGUUAUACCUUCCAUAAUGAAUGGAAUAGCUUUCAUAGGGAUAAUAACAGUAGUAUUAGGAGCUACUUUAGCUCUUGCUCAAAAGGAUAUUAAGAGAGGUUUGGCCUAUUCUACAAUGUCUCAAUUGGGUUAUAUGAUGUUAGCUCUAGGUAUGGGCUCUUAUCGAGCCGCUUUAUUUCAUUUGAUUACUCAUGCUUAUUCAAAAGCAUUGUUGUUUUUAGGAUCCGGAUCCAUUAUUCAUUCAAUGGAAGCUAUUGUUGGAUAUUCUCCAGAUAAAAGUCAAAAUAUGGUUCUUAUGGGCGGUUUAACAAAACAUGUGCCAAUUACAAAAACUGCUUUUUUAGUGGGUACACUCUCUCUUUGUGGUAUUCCACCCUUUGCUUGUUUUUGGUCCAAAGAUGAAAUUCUUAAUGAUAGUUGGUUGUAUUCACCAAUUUUCGCAAUAAUAGCUUGUUCCACAGCAGGAUUAACUGCAUUUUAUAUGUUUCGGAUCUAUUUACUUGUUUUUGAAGGAUAUUUAAACGUUAAUUGUCAAAAUUUCAAUGGAAAAAAAAAUAGCUCAUUCCAUUCAAUAUCUUUAUGGGGUAAAGAAAAAGAAGCGAAAAAAAAAAUGCAUUUAUUAUCUUUAUUAACAAUCAAUAAUAAUGGAAGGACUUCCUUUUUUCGGAAGAAGACUGAUUCACAUCGAAUUGAUAGAAAUCUAAAAAACAUAACAUGUCCUUUUAUUGAUAUUACCUAUUUUGAAACUAACAACACUACUUUUUCCUAUCCUCAUGAAUCGGAAAAUACUAUGUUAUUUUCUAUGCUUGUAUUAAUAAUAUUUACUUUGUUCAUCGGGGUCAUAGGAAUUUCUUUCAACCAAGAAAGACUAGAUUUGGAUAUAUUAUCAAAAUUUUUAAUUCCGUCUAUAGAUCUUUUACAUCCAAAUUCAAAUAAUUCUGAGAAUUGGUAUGAAUUUGUUACAAAUGCAACUUUUUCGGUUAGUAUAGCUUUUUUUGGAAUAUUUAUAGCGUCUUUUUUCUAUAAGCCUUUUUAUUCAUCUUUACUAAAUUUCAACUUACUUAAUUUAUUUUCAAAAAAUGUUUCUAAAAAGAUUGUUGCAGAUAAAAUAAGAAAUCUCAUAUAUGAUUGGUCAUAUAAUCGUGGUUACAUAGAUGCUUUUUAUAGAAUAUCGUUAAUUAAUAAUGUAAGAAGAUUAGCUAAACUAAAUUCUUUUUUUGAUAGACGAGUAAUUGAUGGAAUUCCAAAUGGGGUGGGUAUUACAAGUUUUUUUCUGGGAGAACUUAUAAAAUAUGCAGGGGGUGGACGAAUUUCUUCGUAUAUUUUAUUGUAUUUUUUUUAUGCAUUAAUCUUUUUAUUAAUUUUUUAUUUCAAUUUUAUUUAA